UCAGCUAGCUGUAACCGGCUAGCGAGCCCGUUGUCGAGUUGACACCCUCCCCAAACCUCAGCAGCACCAAAGCUGCAUAGUCGACAUGGCGACUAAGAAAAUACAGCAUCACAUUGCUAAAGAAAGAUGAAAAUCUUCCAAGUUUUUUGGAACGACAUUCGUCAUGUGAUGUGAUCUAAUAUCCACAAUGUGUGAGGACAUUUGAGAACGAUUGAGUUCGGAAGAAGUUUUUCUUGAUUCCAGUGGAAUCUUCCAUAUAUUAUUUUAUUUUUCCUCUGUGUAUAAAUACAGACACAGCCGGCUAAAUCCAGCCCCCCCCCAAUCCCUAACAGUCACACCCAUCACUAUUUAACCAUGCCAGUUCAAGCCCCACAAUGGACGGAGUUCCUGCUGUGCCCGAUCUGCACGCAGACUUUUGAAGAGACGGUUCGCCGGCCUAUUAGUUUGGGCUGUGGACAUACUGUCUGCAAGAUGUGCCUGAAUAAACUGCACCGGAAGGCCUGUCCAUUUGACCAGACAGCCAUCAGCACAGACAUCGAGCAGCUACCUGUUAACACAGCACUGCUUCAGCUGGUGGGAGGACAGGUUCCUAAGGCCCAGCCAGUCGCCUUGAUCACCAGUCCGGAGGACUCUCAGCACUAUGAGGAGGCCAGACAAUGUGUGGAGGAGCUGGCCCUCUACCUUAAGCCCCUCAGCAACACCAGAGGGGUGGGUCUGAGCAGCACCGCCCAGAGCAUGCUGAGCAGGCCGAUGCAGAGGAAGCUGGUCACCCUGGUGCACUGUCAGCUGGUGGAGGAGGAGGGCCGCGUCAGGGCCAUGCGAGCGGCCCGCUCCUUGGGGGAGCGCACCGUCACCGAGCUCAUCCUGCAGCACCAGAACCCCCAGCAGCUCUCCUCCAACCUGUGGGCUGCCGUCCGCGCCAGAGGCUGCCAGUUCCUGGGCCCAGCCAUGCAGGAGGAGGCUCUCAAGCUGGUUCUGCUCGCUCUGGAGGACGGCUCGGCUCUGUCCAGGAAGGUGCUGGUCCUGUUUGUGGUCCAGAGGCUGGAGCCCCGCUUCCCCCAGGCGUCCAAGACCAGCAUCGGCCAUGUGGUUCAGCUCCUCUACCGGGCCUCCUGCUUCAAGGUGACCAAGCGCGACGAGGACUCGUCCCUCAUGCAGCUGAAGGAGGAGUUUCGUACGUACGAGGCCCUGCGACGCGAGCAUGACUCCCAGAUUGUGCAGAUCGCCAUGGAAGGGGGUUUGCGCAUCGCCCCCGACCAAUGGUCCUCGCUGCUCUACGGAGACCAGUCCCACAAGUCCCACAUGCAGUCCAUCAUCGAUAAGUUGCAGACCCCGGCCUCCUUCGCCCAGAGUGUCCAGGAGCUGACCAUUGCGCUCCAAAGGACAGGAGACCCAGCCAACCUGAACAGGCUGAGGCCCCAUCUGGAACUACUGGCUAAUAUUGACCCCAGCCCUGACGCCCCUCCUCCAACGUGGGAGCAGCUGGAGAAGGGUCUGGUGGCGGUGAAGACGGUGGUGCACGGCCUGGUGGACUUCAUCCAGAACCACAGCAAGAAAGGAGCGGACCCACAGCAGCCUCCCCAGCACAGUAAGUACAAGACGUACAUGUGUCGCGACAUGAAGCAGAAGGGGGGCUGUCCCCGCGGAGCGAGCUGCACCUUCGCCCACUCUCAGGAAGAGCUCGAGAAGUACCGCAAGAUGAACAAGCGCCUUGCGGCUCGUCUACCCGGCUCGGGGGGGCUGAUGGCGGACGACGGUCUCCCCAUGGACGUGGCGGUCACGCGGAAGCCGUCCCCCCUCCCCAACGGCAGCGCCCUGGGGCCCUCCAUGCCCCAGCUGGUGGCCCGCGGCACCGAGGCCUACGACCUGCUGCGCAAGCCCCUCAAGAUGGACGGGGGUAGUGCCCCCGGCUCGCCGCCCGACCCGCAUGACGGCAUGGGGAAGCCCGGCAUGUCUCUUCCACCUCACCCCAUGGCCCACGGCAGGCUCCCGGCGGACCACCUGUCCGGGGUGAAGCAGAUGCCCGUGGUUCCCCGGGGCUCGCCCAUGUACCCCCCUCAGCAGCAGCAGCAGCAGAUGGCCGAGAUGUACUACCCGGACACGCGCCCGCCGCCCUCCUCCUCGCAGUACGAGUCCUCGCAGUACCCCACAGGUUACCCGUACCAGCAGCCCCCUCCCCAGUACGUCCACCGGAACUACAUCCGCAACGCCCCGCCGCCCCCGGACUCGGCGGGGGCCCCCUACCAGGACCCCUACCCCGGCUACGGCCCGCCGGAGCGCCCCUACCAAGCCCCGCACUCCGGCCCCCCCUUCUCCUAUCCCCCGCCUCACUACGACAACCGCGGCCGCCACGGCUCCUACCAGGCGCCCCCGCCUCCCCCCCAGCCCUACCCCUCCCAGAGGGACGACAUGGUCCGGAUGAGCCCGGCGCCGAUGGACGGGCCGCCGCCGUCGGGGGGGCCGGGCGGCUCGCUCUACCACCAGGAGCCCGGCCCCCGGGAACGCUACCCCUCCGAGGGGUACUACCCCCCGGCCAACCCGCCUCCACCCAUGAGGGCGUAUCCCAGGGACCCGUCGUACGGCCGCUCCCAGCCCAGCCUGGACUACCUGCACCGCCGCCGCCAGGAGCUGCUCUCCCAGCUGGAGGAGAGGAAGGUCAUCUCCCCCCCGCCCUUCGCUGCCUCCCCCACCCUCUCCCACCCCUUCCCCAGCGACUACCCGCCGGAGUACGGCGAUGAUGGCUCCAAAGCGUUCGGCAAGGCGGACUACGCGGCCCAGUACUCCCCCUGGUCAUGUGACACCAUCACCUCGUACAUCGGCACCAAGGACGCCAAGCCCAAAGACGUCAUGGCCCCCGGCGCCAUGGAGAUGAUGCAGAAUGUGGAGGCCAAGGGUCUCCGGGACCCCUCGUUGGAGGCCCCGCGUCGGGGCGGCGAGGUGAAGGACGACGACCCCAUCAUCCCCUUCGGCCCCCAGCCCACCGUGUCGCGCUUCGGCGCCAUCUCCCGCACCACCAAGACGGGCUACCAGACGGCCUGCCCCGUGCAGGCCAUGGCCGCUGCCGCCCAGAACCCCAACUCCAAACACCUAGCCAUGGCUGCCGAGUACUCCUAUGGGAACCACGGAGGCUGGAGCGCCGGCUCCUACCCCUCGCACCAGGCCGGCUCCUCCACCUCGUCCUCCUCUCAGGGACACUUCAGUGAACGCCUGCCCAUGGCGGCCCCAGACCGAGAGCAGAUGGAGCUGCAGAUGGAGCUGCAGCAGGUCAACCAGCAGAUCAGUCAGCAGACGCAGAUGCACAACAUGGAGGCUGCCAGUAACUCCAUGUUGCUGCAGAGGGAAGCCAGUGCUCAGGCUGGCCACCCGGGGCAGCCCGGCCAGAGCCAGGGGUCCCAGCAGCACCAGCAGCAGCAGCAGGGCAAGUGGCCAGCAGGUGGCAACGGCAACACCACCGUCUCCAGCAAGCAGCUCAGCCUGGAGCUGGACCACGUGGAGAGGGAGAUCGGGAAGAGGACCCGGGAGAUGGCCAUGGACAGCCAGGUGGCCCACGAGGUGCAGCAGUACAAGAUGAAGGCGGCGGAGAACGGCCAGCCCGACCACAAGACCCAGCUGGAGGAGAUCUCCAUGGCGCUCGGUGAGGUGUCCAACGGUUCGAGCAGUCUGCAGGAAAAUGCGGUGGGCGGUUCCAUGAUCUCGCUGACCAAUAAGACGUCUUCGCUGAGCAUGUGCUCCGACCAGGGAGCCGGUCCAUCAGAGAUGCAGAAGAAUGGUGUUGUCCAUUCCUGCUCCUAAAAACACACCACACACACAUACACACAUACACACACACUGAUGCGCUCAAUUGAAAAGCAUGCACAGGCACACACAUACACAUGUUUUAUUUAGAGGAUGAGCAGUAUCUGCCGUGAUAUGAAUUUUCUUUCUUUUUGUUCUGUGAAUGAGCUUUUUUAAAUGACUUUCAUUGCCUGGAAACCAGGGCAUUUGAUAACAUUUCUUGUUCUUCUUUUUGUUUUCGUUUGUUUUUAUUUACUGGGACUGCUGGUUGAACUAGGAUCUCGACAUGCGUGCGGCAAAAGGAAAUUGGUGGUGGUGAUAUCGGUUGUUGUGACAGACACGGGUUCGAAACAGGCUAGAUACUAAUUUAUCUUCUAACCAAUUAGGAAUUAGACAAUUUGCCACCUUUGCUGUGUAGUGUAAUUGUCGCAAUAGAUCAACAAAAAAAUGUAUUGAAUGGCGGGAGCAUCCGCUACACUACAGUGUGGUCACGUGGUUUUUAUCGCCAGAUCACACGACAACCUGUUGUCCAUCGUAUCCCAUAGUUAACCUAUAAACUCGCAACGGACCACUAUGAAAUGAGCGUCGGAUAAAAGGCGAGUUUAUCGGAAGCCAGGAACCACCCACCCCCCCGCCCACGUCAUUGGAAACACACGACUGGCCAGAAGAGGGUUUUGUCUGAGGAGGGAAACGCAGUUUAACGGAACGCUCAUCACCACAUUGCCCAAAAUGCCAACCAUUCAGCCUAGAGUGAGAGGGGGUCACACUACGGAGCCAGAGGGAGGGUGGACGCCAAGCGCCCCAUGUCCCUCUCAAACCACCUGGAGAAGCCUGACUUUAGGUGCAUUUUAUGACUACAUCUUAACGUCUGUUUCAUAAUUGAAAAGCAGUAUAUUAUAUAUUUAACCGAAGCAUUCUGUUUUAAAGAUUGCCGAAAAAGAAGAGGAAGAAGAAUAGAAAUCCUUUUUGAUAACGAGGUUUCCUCAUGUUUUCUAUAAGGGAACUUUACUUUUAUGCUUCUCCGGGUUGGUUAGGGGGGACGGGGAAUGGGGGACUUGGCACAGGGAUCCCCUUGUGCCUGCGCUGCCAAAACGGCGCUGGCGUAGUCUCCGUAGGCUCCCUGGGUUUGUUUUAUUUCUUGAAAACAGGCCUUAAUUGGGCUCAUAGAGAGACUGUAUGUGAGCAUCACUCACUCUCUCUCCACUCUCCUCUCCUCUCUCGCUCUCCCUCUCUCUCUGACGCGGUAGAACCUGUUUCCCUCCCCAGAGCGUCCCGUCUGGCCAGGCAAAAGGCCUCCCCAUUGGGAUUAUCUUGUUAUUAGUUCUCCUUAACUUCUAUGAAGUUGCGUUCCCUCGUGUUUUUGUUUAAAUUUGUUGUCAUGCUUUGCGUUUUGUCUCGACCUCGGCGGGGGAAUGGGUGGGGUCUGGCCGUGGCUUUUCCCGCAAAGGGUUCCCGCGGUCCAGACUCCUCAGGCCUUUCGCUGUCAUGCAGUAUAUAUACACAGUUCAUGCAGUUGGACACAGGUUUUUUUUUUUAAAGAUAGUUCCACUCAAGCCUUCCGGCCUCCCCAGUCUGCUCCGCCACAACCUGUUGCACAGCGAUUUCUAUAUUUGUACACUCGCGGAAGCCCUUCCUUGCAAUUUAAAUUAUUUGUAGCUCUACGUAUUUUUUCAAUUCAAAUGCAUAAUUCUGCGUAACGGCGUUGUUUACCGAGCAGAGGGGGGAGGUGAAGUUAAAAGUUUUUGUUUUGCCCGUUUUGUGAGUAGGCAGGUGGGAAACAACCCUCGCUGUACUAGAGACCCUGCUGACCCACAGCCAGCUAUCACCACCACUGGCGCCGUCCUCGUACCCCGGCCUGUACGCCGUUUACCACAGACGCUCCCGCUCCCGCGCUGUCUUUGCCUUUUUGUUAUUUUCUUCGCCUUCUAAGCGGCGUACGCGCCCGGGACGCCGGACGGUGACGAGUCGUCUCCCCCCCCCCCCCCAAAACGACGAGCGAGUCCUCGUGCUCAAGACGGUUAAAUGUAGAACAUCAGGUGUGACUUGUUUUUCAAUUUAUAGUUUCUGCAAUGCCCCACACCCCCUACCCCCCCAACUCCCUCACCCCCCCCCCCCCCCCCCCCCCCCCCCCCCCCCCUCUGUUUGUGUGAGCGGGUACGCUAAAGGGGGCACGGUCAUCCCUCCCCCCCCGGCCACAGACAGAGUCCUGUUUUAGUUUGGACGCGAGCGGCGCCGAAGUCUUCUGUGGCCGCGGAGGCCGCGCCCAACCCAACAGCCGUUCGAUUUUUUUUUGUUGUAAAAGAAAAGAACAAAAGGCGAUUGUUUGCGCGGCGAGCCCCCUCGCCGCCCCCCUGGCGGUCCUCCGCCGCGAGUGAAUGUUGUCGGGGGCGUGCUCUCUCUCUCUCUCUCUCUCUCUCUCCGGUCGUCAUCGACGACGGCGGCGGCGGCGGCUCCGUCUCGUCGGGGCCACACUUAAUGCCCCGCCCCGCCAGGGUGGCUCCUUGCUCUGUUUUUUUUUUGUUUUAUAAUUUAGGUACACAACUCACAUAUACAUAUGAGUAUGUAUGCAUACAUUAAUAUACUAAAGCACUAUUAACGUGCCACCUGUUAUUCUACUCGCUCAGCAUUUAUAUUAAAUGAUCUCUACUUAGAAUCAGCUUUUUAUUUAGUUUUUUGUUUUUGUUUUUUUUCUGUCCACGGGUUGCCAACACAGACUUUAUCCUUUCCCAGACGAAGGACCUCUGUGCGCAUUGAUUUGUGUUCACUUAAUCUUUUUGUGUUCAAACAAAGGAAAUGUUCGUUAUAUAGACUAUGCUUCCGAAGAAGACAAAAUUCUGUAACGUCGGAGAAUUUAAGAUUGUUUUUUAAUUUCUUUUUUCGUGCGUGUGUUUGCUAGAUUGUAUUGUAGAAGAUGUACCCUGACCACGCCCCGACCACCAACGCAACCCCCCCCCCCACCCUCCUCAGCACGCGCUGUACCCAGCGAUGCUGGGGGGGGGUAUUGGGGGAAGGCGUUGGGAGAGGGGCCCCCCAACAGACAAAUCCAAAAAAACAGGUUUUUGGUGAAAGGUCAGCCUUGUUUCCUUGAGAAAUGAUUUAGUUUUUUUUAUAUAUAUUUAGUCUGCUUUAACAGCAUGAGUUGAUCCCAAAUAAUUGACACUCAAUUGGCAUGAUUCAGAGUCAUAGAUAUUUUUUUCCUCAAAAAAAACAUUAUUUUGAGUCCUUUUUUUCUUUUGGAAAAAAUAAAAAGAUUUCAGCUCACCAAAUUACUUAACGUGUGCAUUAAUGCAAAUCUCAGAGAUUUGAAGCUUUUUUGUUCUUUGUUUUGUUUUUUUUGUAAGGGACUGUUAUUGAGCUAGCGUUGGUUUGUAGAUUGUUGCGUUUCCUCCGCGUCUUGUUUCCCCCCCCCCUCCCCAUCCCCGUCUCUCCCCUCCUCUCAUCCACUGCCCGGUGAACCUGCUGGCUUCCCGGGCCCCAGAGCUACCAGCGAUGGGGCCUGACCCCACCGUACCGAUGUGUUAACCCACAGCCGUACCCGGCAGUGUCACGCGUUCACCUCGCACCACAGUCGUCGUCGCCACACACCUCGCCUCCCCUGCCCUCCCCAGCCCUCCCCACGCCCUGGUUUACGUUCGCUCUGGCUGGUGAUAGACCAACGUCACUUACAGCAAGAGAAGAGAUGAUGGGUAGGUAGGGUUCGGUGCUGAGUGUUGUUGGCUCUCGCUCUCUCACACGGUAGAUGAAUGAUCCUUGCUCGUCCGUCUCCCGGAGACGGACGAGCAAGGAUGUGUGACGGGAGUAGGAGGCGGUGGCUGAACUUGCGACAGUUUGUUUUCUAUUAAGUUAAUAGCAACGAUUGGUUAUUUCAAUCUCCUUGUUUUCUGAGUGAAACUGCUGCCGAUCCCGUUCUGUUGUUCCUCAUAGCCAAUGAACCCCCCUCUCCGGCCCCUCCCGACCACUGAACCCUGUUACUGCUGUUCACGGUUCACCUUUUAUUCCCUAGGUCUAACGGGGAAACACACAAAUGGCUUUUUUAUAUGAUUACUCCCUUGUAAGAUAUCUCUUAAAUUAAGGUACAGGUUUGAUUUCAACAAGAAAAAAAAGUUUUUAUAUGUAUAUUAUACUCCAUUAAGGAAUGUCUAGAAUUAUCUUCCUCCAAUGUGGAUGUAGCCAUUAUUACGCCAUUUUAUGACUUUGUAAGAGAAUUCACUGUGUGAAAAUUGGUUUGCAUUUUUGUAUAAUACAAUCUGCUUUUUUGUUUGAUACGAGAGGGAGGUCAAACUGGAAGUUUGAGGAAACAAAAAAAAUGAACCUGUGAAAUUGAGAAAACAAAAUGUAAGUUAUGUACUACAGUGAUUCUAAGCUGAGGGGAAGAAUUAAAUGAUUGCUAACUGAAA